GUUGACGUAACUUUCCGCUCUGGCUGGCCUUCCGCUCGGGCGGCUCUCGGGGAACAUUUGGCGGACCUCCCCGGUCCCUCGGCCCUUGCAAGUGAGAUGAGGUCGGUUAGCUACGUGCAACGCGUGGCCCUGGAAUUUAGUGGGAGCCUCUUCCCGCACGCGAUCUGCCUGGGGGACGUCGACAACGAUACGUUAAAUGAACUGGUGGUGGGGGACACCAGUGGGAAGCUGUUCGUGUAUAAGAGUGAUGACAGUCGCCCGUGGCUCACCUGUUCCUGCCAGGGCAUGCUGACUUGUGUUGGGGUUGGAGAUGUUUGUAAUAAAGGAAAGAACCUGGUGGUGGCGGUGAGUGCUGAGGGAUGGUUUCACCUGUAUGAUCUGACGCCUGCUAAGGCCCUGGAUGCUUCUGGGCACCACGAGACCCUCAUGGGAGAGGACCAGCAUCCAGUCUUCAAGCAGCACAUCCCUGCCAAUACCAAGGUCAUGCUGAUCAGCGACAUCGAUGGAGAUGGGUGUUGCGAGCUGGUGGUCGGUUACACGGACCGUGUGGUACGGGCUUUCCGCUGGGAAGAUCUGGGCGAGGGCACUGAACAUCCAGCAGGGCAGCUGGUGUCACUCAAGAAGUGGACGCUGGAGGGUCAGGUGGACAGUCUCUCAGUGACUCCAGGGCCCCUGGGUGUUCCUGAACUGAUGGUAUCUCAGCCGGGCUGUGCUUACGCCAUACUACUGUGUACCUGGAAUAAGGAGACCGGGCCCCCGCCUACCCCUGAGGGGGCCCCGGAGGGCAGUAGGGAGACCCCGGCUGCAAGAGAUGUCGUGUUGCACCAGACUUCCGGCCGCAUCCACAACAAGAAUGUCUCCACCCACCUCAUUGGCAACAUCAGACGAGGCCACAACUCUGAGACUGGUGGCUCCGGCCUCUUUGCCCUCUGCACCCUGGAUGGAACGCUGAAGCUUAUGGAGGAGGCAGACAAGCUGCUGUGGUCGGUGCAGGUGGAUCACCAGCUUUUCGCCUUAGAGAAACUGGAUGUCACGGGCAACGGGCACGAGGAGGUGGUUGCCUGUGCGUGGGAUGGACAGACGUAUAUCAUUGAUCACAACCGCACCGUUGUUCGCUUCCAAGUGGAUGAGAAUAUCCGAGCCUUCUGUGCAGGCCUGUAUGCCUGCAAGGAGGGCCGCAACAGCCCCUGCCUCGUGUACGUCACGUUCAACCAGAAGAUCUACGUGUACUGGGAGGUGCAGCUUGAGCGGAUGGAGUCGACCAAUCUGCUGAAGCUGCUGGAGGCCGAGCCAGAGUUCCAGAACCUGCUGCAGGAGCUGGGCGUGGAUCCUGACGAUCUCCCAGCCGUCCGCGGCCUGCUUCACCAAACCCUCUACCAUCCAGACCAGCCCCCACGGUGUGCUCCUGCGAGCCUCCAUGAUCCCACCUAGCCGGACUUGCCCUCCUAGCUGAAGAAGGAGCUUCCUGUACCGCCCCCUGCCUCCAAGGCGCCUUUGGAUCACGCUGUGCGGCUGCUGGCUCCGUCACAAAACAAAGAAGGCAGACAGGUCUAAACCCAAGCAUCCCCGCCACUCUGUUCCCCCACCUUACAUCUCCCACCAUGUUCUCCCCAGCCCCACCCCCCAGUCCCGCAUCUCAUGGGAGUAAGAAAGGGGCAGGAGUUUGCCCAAGUCCCAGCCAUCAGAUCAUUCUAGCAGAGUGAACCCCAGUCUCAAAUCAUAUCGUUUUGCCGGGACCCCAAUAGAUUGCUCAGCAAUGAAGAAAUGGGAAGAGAACAGUCCAUUCUGGAUUAGACCAACCUAUUGGCUGCCAAGACCUCUCAGGAGCUAGUAUUAUGCUUGGGGAACUUUUUGUCUCAGGUCUAUAUCACAUGUUUUUAACAUUUUCCUCCUUUCCCCCACUUCUGACCUCAUCCUUCAAUGGGCUGCAGAUCCCAGGGUUCAUGGUGUGAUGGAAAGAAGUCAGACUCAACAAGAAAAAAAAAAAA